CAGCCAGCGAAGCGAAUCACCCUCCAUUCACCACGCCACUAGCUUAACUAAGCUCCCCAGACAAUCAGAUAGCUAUAAAGGUAGCACCCCAUACCCCGCCACAGCACAGCACGACGCAGCAAGAACGAUGGCCGAGGACACACCCGAGCUCCCUUUGCCGGAUCGCGGCGCGACUUUAGUGAUGCGGGUCAUGCCCGACGAUAACAGCUGUCUCUUCCGCGCCUUCGCCGCCGCGGUCUUACCAGGCGACGACCUCUCGAUGCUAGAACUAAGGUCGCUGGUAGCGUCACAGAUACAGGAGGAGCCGGAUGUGUAUACCAAAGUCGUCCUUGACAAUCGGACGCCGGACAAUUACUGUCGCUGGAUCCAGACGCAGGAGGCGUGGGGCGGGGCGAUCGAGCUUGCGAUUCUAUCGAAGCAUUUUAAUAUCGAGGUUUGCAGUAUUGAUGUCCAGACCCUCCGCAUAGACCGCUUCAACGAAAGCGCCCCCAUCCGCUGCAUCCUCGUCUACUCGGGCAUCCACUACGACACCAUCGUUCAAUCCCCCUCCGACCCUCCCCACACCAUCGCCGACAACCCUCCCGAGCUAGACAAGCGGGUGUGGGACUCGUACGACGACGAUAUUCUGAUCAAGGCGCAGCAGCUGUGCAAGGUGUUGCAGGGGAAGCAUUAUUUUACGAAUGUGGGGGAGAUGGUGAUUAGGUGUACGGGUUGUGGGUGGGUGGGGUAUGGGGAGACGAUGGCGGCGGGGCAUGCGCAGGAGACGGGGCAUUAUGAUAUGGUUGAGCAGAAGUCGUGA